CACCUCCUCAUCAGUUGAACAACAACAACCAAAAGGAACACAAUCAACAAUCAGCUCCAACAACUUCUCUUUAGUAGUGCUCGUGCCAUUUGGAGUCCUUACCUUUGUGUGCGCGCGCCUCUUGAGUUUCUCUCCAAACAGGUUUGACCAGGACACACCUGCAGGAAGUAAAAGAAAGCCUUGUGUGCUCGGACGCCAUUCUUCACUCUAUCUUUGACCUCUGAGGACGACAGACGGAUAGAAAGCAGACGAGGGAAACUUUUUCAUCAACUGUUUUUUAGGUUUUAUUAAUUUCAUCAUGAAAAUUUGGAUUGCUCUCCUUGUUGCUGCCUUUGCGGCGGGAGCCUACGCUCAAAGCUGCUCAUGUGACACUAUGAAGUGGGCCAACUGUGAUGGAAAUCCAUGUACCUGUACCCUCCUGAUUGGCAACAAUGUGAAACAAACACUGGACUGCAAGAGAUUGGUCCCCAAGUGCUUCUUGAUGAAGGCUGAGAUGUACAGGAAACUGAAAGGCCAGGACACCCGUACAGGAGGAAAGCCAGUGGAGACAGCCUUUGUGGACAACGAUGGCAUCUAUGACCCAGAGUGUGAGAACGACGGCAAGUUCAAGGCCAAGCAGUGCAACAACACAGAGGAGUGCUGGUGUGUCAACAGUGCUGGCGUUCGUAGAACUGACAAGGGGGACAAGAGUCUCAAGUGUGACAAGCUGGUGGAGACCUACUUUGUUCGUCUUCAGCUGACACACAAACCUGUGACAACUCCAGUGGAUACCAAGGGUUUGAAGACUGCCAUUGCUGAUGCCAUUCACAAACGGUAUGACAACUUUAACAAGGACAUGGUGUCAAAUGUUGAGUAUGAUCCUGACUCCCGCAUGAUUGUGGUGGAUGUGGAGAAGCCAAAGGGAGACCGCAAGAGUGACCUGACCCAACUGGCCUACUACAUGGAGAAAGAUGUGAAGGUGCUGACAGGCUUGUGUUGUUUCAUGGUCCUGUUGGGGGCUGUCCGGGCAGGCCGGGACACAAACGUCCCUGCCUGCUCCCCUUCUGUCCCCAUCAUGGUCAGUCCCGUGGGUUAA